UUCUAAUAGAGGCAGGAUGGACUACGACCACCGCUUCUCCAGCCCUCCGCCUCCACCGCGUCCGAAGCCGAAGCACCACCACUCCUCGAUCUGCCUCACCGCCUGCUUUGGAGCCACUGGCGACGACGGUGUGGCGCCGGACUCCCCUGGCGUCGUCGGCGAGCGGUCGGGGGCGUCUCUGCUCCACUCCUCCUCCACGUGGGUCCGCUCCAAGGUGCACGAGCUACCGGAACUCCGCGGGAAGUGCCACGCCUUCAUCUCGUCCCACGCGGCCGCAAAGCACCACCGCCGCCACGAUUCGUCGGACGUCAGGUACGAUCCCCUCAGCUACGCCCUCAACUUCGACGAGGGCUCGGAGGUCGAGUACCCUGCCACCGCCGAGGACCUCCGCCACCGAUGCUUCUCGUCCUGGCUCCCGGCAUCGCCCCCGCGUGCCGUCGGCGUCGCCUUCGAUAAGGCGAGGGAGGGGAAGGGGAUCAAGGGAAUUAAGGGAAUGGAGGCUCCCCUUUGAUUCUCUUAUCGUGGUUUCUCCGAAUAUUUCGAGUUCUUCGAUCUAUUGGAAAGCUUGGAUUUCCUUGUCGCAAUAAUCGGAUAAAAUUAGGGUUUUUACAAUUUUCAGGCUUCCAGUUUCUCGCUUUUAAUUAAAAGUUUUCUCCUUUUGGGGCAAACAAUUGAUAGUUGAUGCCUUUCUUUCUAUGUUGUCUUCCGAAAUUUGUCUGAGAAACUAUGCAUAAAUCCUUGUUGACAAAACCAGAGUCCAGUUAGAGAAGCUAGAAUUUGA